UCACUACCAGCCGUAAGUGAAAGCGUGCGCGAGGCACGGAGAGGAAAAGGUCGCACGCGUGAUGUGUCGGAGUAGAGGUGGCUAGGUGGUCGAUAUUGUGCUUCGGUAAGAGUAGGCAGACAGCUGUUGAUAAUUUUCUUUCGCUGACUUGUUUUUUUCCAUUACUAAUACAAGCUGUUGCCGUCGCCUGCUUGACCACUCGACGCACUGGACCGCAGCAAAAUGCCAAAUAUCAAAAUAUUCAGCGGUAGCUCACACCCAGACCUGUCUCAAAAGAUCGCAGACCGCCUCGGUCUGGAGCUGGGGAAGGUUGUUACCAAGAAAUUUAGCAACCAAGAAACAUGCGUGGAGAUAGGAGAGAGUGUUCGAGGAGAGGAUGUGUACAUCGUCCAGAGUGGCUGUGGGGAGAUCAACGAUAACUUGAUGGAGCUGCUCAUCAUGAUCAACGCCUGCAAGAUUGCGUCUGCCUCCAGAGUUACUGCCGUCAUCCCUUGCUUUCCAUACGCCCGCCAGGACAAGAAGGACAAGAGUCGUGCUCCCAUCUCUGCCAAGUUGGUUGCCAAUAUGCUGUCCGUGUCAGGUGCUGACCACAUCAUCACUAUGGACUUGCACGCCUCGCAAAUACAGGGAUUCUUUGACAUCCCAGUUGACAACCUCUACGCAGAGCCCGCUGUGUUAAAAUGGAUUAAAGAAAACAUACCUGAGUGGAAGAACUGUACCAUUGUCUCACCGGAUGCUGGAGGAGCAAAGAGGGUCACCUCGAUCGCUGACAGGUUAAAUGUGGACUUUGCUCUCAUUCAUAAAGAGCGGAAAAAGGCAAACGAGGUUGACCGCAUGGUUCUUGUCGGGGACGUGACUGCUCGUGUUGCUAUCCUAGUCGAUGACAUGGCAGACACCUGUGGUACCAUCUGCCACGCUGCCGACAAGCUGAUUUCUGCCGGUGCCACAAAAGUGUACGCCAUCCUGACCCACGGCAUCUUCUCUGGGCCUGCGAUCUCUCGCAUCAAUAAUGCCUGCUUUGAAGCAGUUGUAGUCACAAAUACGAUUCCCCAGGAGGAGAAAAUGAGGCAUUGUCCCAAAAUACAGGUUAUCGACAUCUCCAUGAUCCUUGCGGAGGCCAUCCGGAGAACCCACAAUGGCGAGUCGGUGUCAUACCUAUUUAGCCACGUACCCUUGUAACUGAGUCUACUGUCCGGCUAAAAUAAAUGAAGAGGCAUAUUCCCCAAACACAACCAUUAGAGGAGUUCCCUUCAACUGCGGAUGAAAAGAACUAUCAUGCCUGUUACAUCCGUCCCUCUCAUUUCUACAUUGUCUCUCACAGAUGGAACACCAAAUAGGCCAUAUUUAUUGAGUUGAGUUUAAAUAUACCAGGGAAUUGUGCAGCUGUACCACAGGUUAAUUUGGAGUGCCUCAACAGUUGAACAGAGAAGACCAUCCAUCCCCUUCUUUCCUCUGUAACUUAAAUUUUUGGUGGUAAGGAAUUUAUUUUUAAAUUUGUUUUAAUGAAGAACAAAGCCUUUAGCCGGCUGUAUGGGCUAUGUGUUUUUCUUUUCAUCUUUUGAGGUACACCAAUUGAAUGGGGUUUGCCCACUGAGGUUGUAUUUUUAAGAUGUUACGCUAGCUUGGGGAUUUGCAGGUACACACACAUGCGAUGGUACGUAUACAGGUGCAUAUCAAUAUAUUACAAUAUUGUUGGAAGUUUAUUUUAGUUCAAUUCAAAAAAAUGAAAUUUGUCUAUAGUUUCAAUCCACACAGUGAAAUACUUCAAUUAAUAUAUAUAUAUAUAUAUAUAUAUAUAUAUUUAUUAUAGCGACCGAAAAACCCAAAUUAAUUUAAAAUUUUGGUUAUACAACAACAAAAUCCAUACUAUAAUAAUAAUAAUAAUAAUAAUAAUAUAACGGUUUUCAAGGUACUCAAAAGAUGCUUUACAAUUGCACAAAUUAUUCAUUUACUCCACAGUCACUCAUCAGUGAUGGUAAGCUACUUGUGACAGACGGAAGUGUGGCUGCCAUUCUGCGCCUACACCACCUCCGACCACCACCAAACAUCCAACCACAUUCAUUCGUAGGCAAUGUGGGUUAAGUGUCUUGCCCAAGGAUACGACAAACAUUUGUGCUUGGGCGGGGAUGCGUACCCCCUCUGGUUGCGGAGUUUAAAUAAAUGAAGAGGCACUUACCCUCUGCAUCACGCUGUCUGCAAGUGAUUUAAAUAUAUAACAUAGAUGGUAAUUACCCUUAUAAAAUGUUAAAUCAGUCUGUAUUUCACUUUUUGAAUUGAACUAUAUAAAUGAGAAUUUAUGAUAUUCUUGUUCAUUGAAAUAUACUUGUACAGUAAGUACUCCUAUUUUUUCUCCCCUCUUCCUUUUUUGGGGAUUUUGUAUCUUAAUCCACCUGGUACACACAUAAAGAUGGUCGGCCUGUUUUUGACCAGAUUUUGCCCUUUCCCGACAAAGGAUGACAAACGGAAGAUUUUUUGAUUUAUAAGAUUAUUUUAGUCUGAGGUGUGUCGAGAGUGGAUUUGUCACAAUAAUAGGGUCCAACAAUCUAAAAUAUUAAACAUGUUCAAUAUUUACAACCGAGAAUCUCCAUGUGUGUGGGGAAAGCCGACUACUCCCGACCCAUGACACUGAUUUCUGCCAUAAAACAAUGUAGAAUGCCGAUCAAGAAGCAACCUGAUUGAGGAAUAAGCUGACUUAAAUAAAAACAAACGUCCUACUCAAAAUCAUAUUUUGUAUAAGUGGGUUCCCAAGACCCCGGUCCCCAGAAAUGUGAGGCAGAUGUGCUAACCAGUCAAGCACCGUGCCAGCCACAGUACAACCAAAACUGAUUUUUAAUUUUUUUUGUUAAAUCUUCGUGUGGUGUAGGUAACAGAUAAAAAAUCUUUUAAGAUUUGAAGAAUCCUUGCGUGCACCACACCUGGUGCACACAGAAAGACACUCCCGAUGAGUCUGAUUUUCCCACACACACGAAGAUUUUUGAUCGUAAACAUUGCACGUUUAAUAUCAAAGAUUGUCGGACCCUGUUAUUGGGACAAAUUCACUCUUAACACACCUCAAACCACAGAAGAAUCUUAGAAGAUAUAAAAUGGCAUUUGUUGUCUUUGGUAGGGAAAGGGAAAAAUCAGGACAAAAAAAAGACAGAUUAUCUUUGUGUGUACCAGGACUUAAUGCGGAACGUCACAUGACCAAACCCGGAAAACAGGUUAGUGGACUUCCUGUGUGGACAGCGACAACUAUGGGCUAAAGAAAUGAUGGUUUGGACCUGAACUUACUACAUUAUUGUUUUCUUUAUCACUGGUGUUGUUGAACAGAAGUUAGACACAUGUAUAUAAUUUAUUUCUACAUGUAUGAUGUUUGUAAACACCAUUGAAGCCUAAACAUCGGCUAUGGUCAUCUUGAAGACAUCUUGUGUAAAACAAAAGACACUUUAGACAUUUAAUAUUCCUACGGGAGCUUUGUCCCGCUCUUCUGCCAUAUGGCUCUGCCAGUGACCUGAACCAAAGGGAAGUGCUUCGUCCUGUUUUGCUGUAUGCAGAAGUUGGUUGCCCGUAGUCCCUAUUCCAAACUAUACAGUUUACUUUUUGAGUAGGUGCCAUUUUCCCAGGUGAUUUAUAAUAAAACUGGAAUGAUUAUUAUUUUUAUUCCGCCCCCCCCAAUUAAUGGCGCACAGAUUUGUGCCAAAUGGACAUAAAACCAACAGAGAAUACCUAAGGAGAUAGUCCAAUUUGGCCAUUCUUUGUUUUGGUGUUCUAAUACCUGUACUAAACGUUUUGUAAUGUUACACUAAGUGCAGUCCAACUUAUUUCCCCCCAAGGGAUUUUCUGCACCCCUUGUUUUAUUUUCAGUAACAAAACGUGUUCGUUACUGCAUUAAUUGAUGUCCACAUGUUUAUUUACAUUUUAAAGAGAAACAAUAAUGGGUAUUUGUCUUUGUAGA